GGCAUCUGUUAGUGUAGACUGACGUUAGCAACUAAUUUAGAAAACGGUGCCUUCAAUUUUCUUUUUUUAUGGAUAUAAAAAUAUAUAUGCUCAGAAGGUGAUGCUACGCGCGUAAAAAUAUCCAGAUUGCUCUUUGGAAAGAUCAUCAACCGUUGCAGAAUUUGAGAUUUUUUUUUCUAAAAGGUUGCAGAAUUUCAAGGUUUUUUUUUUUUUUUUAAGAAAAAAGAAAUAUGUACCAUAUGGAGUAUGGCCUGGAUACAUCGCGAUUUAUCUCCAGAUGAUGCAGGAGGUCCUUAAAAUGGCAGAGACGGAUUUCAAAACAGCCACAUCAACGAUGGAGGCACUGGUUCGUUUCAGUUCUAACAUGAAGAGCCUGGAGUGCGAGCUGCAUUGCCCUGUUUGUAAGGACAUAGUCAAACAGCCUGUGGUCCUGCCAUGCCAGCACAGCGUCUGUCUCAUGUGUGCCUCGGAGGUCUUAGUCGCGAGCGGCUACCCACUUCCAGAUCUUCCACCGGAGCCGAACUCCCCAGCCUCCACACCUAACACUCGCUCGCCCCGCCAGGCCCGCAGGCCGACACCUAAAACUGAGCAGCGACCAAUCGACCGCCUGCUGCGUGCAGGUCCCCACCCACCUUCGCCGUCCAUGCCCCGGUCUCCAGGACAUGGGACGUAUCCGGGGCGACGGCGUAAGGAGGCCCCGCCCCUGGUCAUGAUGUUCCCCUGUGUCCCCUGUGGUCGAGAUGUGGAGCUGGGAGAGAAGGGCCUUGCUGACUGUCUGCGAAACCUCACCUUGGAACGUAUAGUGGAGAGGUACAGACACACAGUGAGUCUGGGCAGUGUGGCUGUGAUGUGCCAGUUCUGUAAGCCUCCUCAAGCUCUGGAGGCCACUAAGGGCUGCGCUGACUGCAGGGCCAAUUUCUGUAAUGAGUGUUUCAAGCUGUAUCACCCAUGGGGGACACCACGGGCACAGCAUGAACAUAUCCAGCCUACGCUCAACUUCAGACCAAAGGUUCUGACCUGUCCGGAGCAUGACCAGGAGAAACUACAGUUCUAUUGUAGGUCCUGUCAGAGACUGCUCUGCCCUCUCUGCAAACUGCGCCGCGUCCACACCGGACACAAAAUCCUGCCUGUGGCCCAUGCAUACCAAGCCCUGAAGGAGAAGAUUACGAAGGAGAUGAACUACAUUCUGUCCAACCAGGACACAGUUCUGGCUCAGAUUACCCAGCUGGAGAGUUCCAUCACUCAGACUGAGGUAAACAGUGUAUCUGCCAGAGAGCAGCUGGCUCAGAGCAUCAGGGAUCUGACGGCUGCUCUGGCUGAGCGCCACGCGUCACUCACGCAGGCCCUGGAGGCGGCGCGGCAGGAACGAGGCGAGGCGUUGGCUGCUCAAGUAGCGGAGAGACGGAGUUUGAUGGAACAUGCAGGGCUCAUGGCGUUCACCCAGGAGCUUCUCAAAGAGACAGACCAGCCCUGCUUUGUGCAGGCUGCUCGUCAAACUCAUAACAGGCUGAGCAAAGCGAUUGAGAACCUGCAACAUUUCACUCUGGCUGCUGACCCAUCCUUCAGACACUUCCAGCUGGACGUCUCCAAAGAACUCAAACUCCUGACAGAGUUGAACUUCAUCCAGGCUCCCCUGGCCCCAGUGAUUGAUACCCAGCGGACCCUGGCCUAUGACCAGCUCUUCCUGUGUUGGAGACUGCCUCAGGACUCUGCACCUGCCUGGCACUUCUCCGUUGAGUAUCGCCGUCGGGGUGUGGUACCGGGGGGAGCGUCUAGAGGCGGGAUCAGAGGAGGACUGGCCGCCGCCCGCUGGGGCUGGCAGCGAAUGGAUGAAGUGACCGGGAGCAGUGCUGUGAUUGACAGGUUGGAGAUGGACAGCGUGUAUGUGCUGCGGGUGAGGGGCUGCAACAAGGCGGGCUAUGGGGAGUACAGUGAGGAAGUGUACCUGCACACUCCGCCCGCACCAGUGCUCAACUUCUAUCUGGACUCUCGCUGGGGUCUCCAUGCGGACCGGCUGGUGGUCAGUAAAGAGCAGCGAGGUGCUCGCAGUGUCCCUGGUCUCUCUUUGCUGCAGGCCGCUGACCACGCCCUCACUUCCUGUCACCUGACCUCAGAUCUCCUGGUGGGGGAUGUGGCUAUCACACAAGGACGCCACUACUGGGCAUGCUCAGUGGAACCUGGAUCUUACCUAGUGAAGGUGGGAGUUGGUCUGGAAUCCAAACUGCAGGAGUGGUUUCACCUUCCACAAGACAUGGCCAGUCCCCGGUAUGACCCAGACAGUGGUCACGACAGCGGGGCAGAGGAUGCCCUCGACUCCUCUCCACCAUUCUGCUUCCUCACCAUGGGGAUGGGUAAGAUCUACCUGCCCCAGCAUAGCUACCACCACCACAGUAACCAUGGGAACGGUAUCCGAGACCCCAUCAGCAACGGCCCGUCCACAGGCCUCACCUACCCGCUGCCGCCCCGGCUCGGUGUGUGCCUGGACUUUGAGAAGGGUCGCGUCACCUUCUAUGAUGCCCACUCUCUGCGACCUUUGUGGGAAGGUCAUGUGGAUUGCUCUGGCCCUGUGUGUCCGGCUUUCUGUUUCAUUGGUGGAGGGGCACUGCAGCUGCAGGAGCUGGUAGCCAAUCGCAAUGCAGAUCAGACUCCGGUCCGAAGGGUAACCAUCCAAACCCGUGUCUCUAAUUUAAAUAGCAACUGACAGCUGAUCUGAGCUCAUGUGGUAUAUUGGAAUGUAACUGGUAAUUGUGAAGUAUUUACUCAGCUAGAGCGAAAAGUUAGACUUCUCAGCGAUUUUGUUUUGUAUUUACUUUUCUUUGUAUAAGAAAAAUGUUUCUAUAGCAACAAAUAUGCAAUGUGAUUAAGUUUUUUACAUUUUUGUUAUAAGCAGUUUUGCAAGAAUUAUUGCUUAAGUAGUGUCUGGUAUAUCCAGCACUUGAUAUGUAAUUAUAUAUUUGAUGCUUACACUUGUAGCCAGGCUAUACUGUAGAGCUGCCACGAUUAGUCCAGUAAUCAAUUAGUCGACUGAAAAAAAACUAGCCAAUAAUUUUGAUAACUGAUAAACAGUUUCAGUAAUUUUUAAAGCAAAAAUCUGAAAUAUUUGCUGGUUCCAGCUUAUUAAAUGUUAAGAUUUGCUGCUUUUCUUUGUCAUUUAUGAUAGUAAAUGAAAAGUCUUUGGGUUUUAGACUGUUGGUUGGACAAAAGAAGCAAUUUGGAGAUGUCACUUUGAUCUCUGGGAAAUUGUGAUGAUUUUUUCAUAAUUUAUUGACAUUUUAGAGACUAAGUGAUUAAUCGAUUGAUUGAUUGUGAAAAUAACGGGAAGAUAAUUUAAUAAUGAAGAUAAUUGUUAGUGGCAGCUCUACUAUACUGCAUACAUUUAUAAAGCUAAUGUAGAUACAGCAGCACACAAUGUUGUCCUCCCUGUAGAAGCUUUUGCUCUGUCAUUUCAGGCCCUUAAUGUUAAAAGCUUUAGCUUAUGUUUUAGAGUUAUGAACAUGUGAGUAAAAAAAAAGGCCUUUAUUAUUUUAUUGCAAUUAUGACUAAACUAAACACAGAUUUCCUUGCUGUUGAUGAACACUUUCUAGUCAUUCACCCAAUAUGAUCCCAACCAAAGUUAUUGUUUUUUUGGGAUGUAAAUGUGGUAAAUUAGAGGUAGACAGGAACAACAAGGCAAUACUGUAAUUAGAAGCUCCAAUUAUACCUCUUCUACACAGUUAAUCACUAGUUGCCACAGUUCAGUUCAAUGUCUGUGUGUGUGUGUGUGUUUACCUCCCUGUGUGUGUGGUUUGACUGAUAAGAGCGUUGAUUCAUCGGCUGACGGUAAAAAGUUGUUUUAGUUUUAAUUUUUUUUUUUAACCUUGCUUGAUUGUAAGUUAAUAAGCUAAUGAAAUGAUUAGCAGAUUAAAUUCAUGUAAACUUCCCCUGCUGGCAGAAUGUUUGCAAAAGAAAAAUGGAUUAAGGAAAUAAACACUGAAUAAAUGCUAAUUGUUUAAAUUGCAAUAACAAA